AAAAAAAUGACAUAGUAGGCUAAGUUCUCCAGUUUGUGUAAAUCUGACAUGUUUUGGUUGUGUAAAUUUUAAAUUUCAGUAAAAAUAAAAAUGGGAUUUGGAAACAAAUAAUAAAUUCUUGUGAACAAUCAGAUCAACUGACUGAAUCAAUUUCAUCAUUGCAACAUGGCCACCGAACAUGAACUUUCACAAUUUCUGUACCAACUGACUAAAGAAAUCUUAACAUCUGGAGACUACUCGGAUUGUAACAUCAAUCAAAUUUGUGGCAAACACUAUGAAACAUCCAGCUAUCCGGAUAGGGAUCGACUGCGCCGAUUAGUUUCGGAACUGAAGCGUAAACUCAAAAUUUUACAAUACAACGAAGUCUCCUGUCCGUCUACUAUUGUGCCCACUUUUGCUCUUUCUACUUGCCCACCUAGCCAAUCGUCCGUCAUCUCGCACAACUAUCACCGUUGCGGUUGCCCAAGAUCCCGGGAUCACAUCGACGACUACUGUCCGUACCCUCCACAGGCCUCAUCCGUCAGGAAAACAACAUCCGACAAGUGUGUAGAAACGACCUUCUCCACCCCGGUUUUCUCCCCAACAAGGUUACUAAUCAAUGACUCAACUCAGUUCUCGGCACCACGAUCCUUUCAGUCCUACGCGACGGGGACCGCUUGUGGCAAUUCGGCCUGUUCAAAUUGCGGCAAUUUAAAUAAGGCAAAAUCUCAACUUGAGGAACCAUUCCGUACAGAUUCGCCACGAUCUUCGGAAGACUCGAACACGCUGGUAGAACAGUUGCUGCUCAAACAUGCCAGCGCAUUACAGGGUGAUACGUCCAGUGAAAUUCUGUUGCGCUUAGCUGCCGGCGAUCGGGUUUUGUGCGAAAGCUGCCAUGGAAAGUGUCCACUGCAUCAGUGUGGACGGAUUCGUGGCAGAGAUGAGCAACCACCAGUUUGUUCCGGGAAGUGCGACUGUGGACCAUCGUGUCGUUCGCCGAGGAUGCCUACCCGAAAGAAGCAGAAUUGUGACUGUCCGUUGAAGAGGUGCAAGCAUUUUGAUGAAGGUGGUGGACUGGACGGGGGAGGCAGUGGCGGAAGCGCAGGCCUGGGGAAACAAAGUGCAAUUUUGCAACAGGAGAAUGCGACUCCGCCCAUAACGUGCUGUGGAGCGAGGAGGAAGAAAGAACGGGCACAGAGGAACGAACGCGGAAGGAAGAGUACCAGGAGGUAGGCUUGAAGGAAAUGUAAUACAGAACCUUGCUCGUUGAUGAUGACAAUUGAUCAGAACCGUAAAAUUGAAACAUCUUGUAUUAUCUUGGAAUAAAAUAAAUUUCUAAGAAAAUACACACCAAAUUUUAUCUCCAUCAUCCAGCUAUUUGAAUUAUGUACUGAACAUGGUUCAGCAAUUCACUGAAUUCCUUACAACAUUUCAUCCAUCAGCCAUGAACACAUAUUAUUCUGCAGGUAAAAUAGAUAACACCCCUGAUACAUAAUGUGUAGAGUAUAGAGUGUAGAUAUACAGCUAAAACUUUGUACUGUAGACUUCCGCUAAGAAGCUGUCGAUAUAAUAAAAAUCAUUAUACGUCGUUCGCUUGAACAGUCCGGUCGUUUCAUUCCACACGUGGAACAUUAUUAUCGGAAACGUCUCGAUAAUUCGGCUCUUGCAAGGCUACAAUAUUUCAGAAGUGGGAUAAAUCCG